UUUCUAUAAUUUUCCCAACCUCCCGGCCCCUGGUUCGCUGUCUCCGAUUCGGUGACACGAAGUGAGGACCAGCUGAGUAAGGCAGUGAGGCAGUGCUGUCCGCACCUUCCCUGGCAGCCCCAAUGCGCUGGCACAACGCAAAGCCGCAGUCCACAGUAGCCGCUUAACUUUAAAGCGAAAACCGGACAAGUUUCUGACACUUUGAAGUGUGCAAUGGAUUACUUCCGUGGAACAUUUUACUUUGUCCUUAUAUUCUUUAUUCGAGCUGAAGGCCUUUAUGUAGCCCCGCAUACAGAGUUACUUCAGGAGAAAUUAACGGGCUACGAGUUGGUGACUCCAAGCAGUACAGAUGUGCAGGGCAGGUUUCUGUCCCUCGCUGUGUCAGCAUCUGGCAAGAGACGGUGGAAAAGGCAUAGCGGGAGUUUUCAGCAAGCUCCAGCUGACGGACAGUUGUACUAUAAUGUCACCGUGUUCGGGCAGAAAUUUCACCUCCGGCUGAAGCUGAAUUCGAAGCUGGUGGCACCUGGGGCGACAGUGGAGUGGCAAGACACCAAUGUCACUCGCAAGGAGCCUCUGCGUGGGGACUGCGCCUACUCCGGAGAUAUCACUGAUAUACCGGGGACUUCUGUCGCCAUCAGCAACUGCGAUGGGCUGGCUGGCAUGAUUCGGACAGACAAGGAUGAAUUCUUUAUUGAACCACUAGAGAGAAACAAAGUGGAGGAGGAAGAAGAAAAUGGGAGAGUUCAUGUGGUAUAUCGGAGGUCAGCUACCAAAAAACCACUUCCUGCAUCAAUCAAUGAUGUCCUUUUAAAAGACCCUGACCUGAGUGGACUGCGUGAUCUUGAAGCCUUACACAAAGCCGUUGAACAACAGGUGAACAGAACCAAGCGGGUGCGAAGACAUGAUAGAGAUGAUGACUAUAACAUCGAAGUUCUUCUUGGAGUUGAUGACACAGUGGUGCAAUUCCAUGACAAGGACCAUGUGCAGGAGUAUCUCCUGACCCUAAUGAAUAUAGUUAAUGAGAUUUACCAUGAUGAGUCUCUGGGAGCACAUGUCAAUGUUGUGGUGGUGCGAAUGAUCAUGCUGGGUUAUGAAAAGUCCAUUAGCCUAAUUGAAGUUGGAAAUCCCUCUCAAAGUCUGGAGAAUGUGUGCAAAUGGGCGUAUUCCCAGCGGAAGUCUGAUACAAGUCAUGCAGAAUAUCAUGACCAUGCUAUCUUUCUAACAAGGCAGGAUUUUGGUCCAUCGGGAAUGCAAGGUUAUGCUCCAGUUACAGGUAUGUGCCAUCCAGUGCGAAGUUGCACCCUGAAUCACGAGGAUGGCUUUUCAUCUGCAUUUGUCAUUGCUCAUGAGACUGGACAUGUGUUGGGCAUGGAACAUGAUGGCCAAGGGAAUCAUUGUGGAGAUGAGAUCAAAAUGGGAAGUAUCAUGGCACCCUUGGUUCAAGCUGCAUUUCAUCGAUUCCAUUGGUCACGGUGUAGUCAACAGGAACUGAGCCGAUACCUAAAUUCCUACGACUGCCUUCGUGACGAUCCAUUUGAACAUGACUGGCCUUUGCUUCCACAACUUCCUGGUAUUAACUACUCCAUGAAUGAACAAUGUCGUUUUGACUUUGGAGUGGGCUAUAUAAUGUGCACAGCAUUCCGCACCUUUGAUCCUUGCAAGCAGCUGUGGUGCAGCCAUCCUGAUAAUCCAUACUUCUGCAAAACUAAGAAAGGACCUCCGUUAGAUGGGACAAAGUGUGCUCCUGGCAAGCAUUGCUUUAAAGGUCACUGUAUUUGGCUAACUCCCGACAUACUACGGCACGAUGGAAAUUGGGGGUCUUGGAGCCGUUUUGGCUCUUGCUCUCGAACCUGCGGAAUUGGUGUUCGUUUCCGUACCCGGCAGUGCGAUAACCCAUUACCUUCCAAUGGAGGACGAGAGUGCUCAGGAUUGAGCUAUGAGUAUCAACUUUGUAAUAUAGAAGACUGCCCAGAGCAUUAUGAAGACUUUAGAGAACAACAGUGCCGGCAACAAAAUAACUUUGAAUAUAACAACUACAAGCAUGAAUGGUUGCCGCACGAGCACCGUGAUCCUGAACAGAGGUGCUUCCUCACCUGUGAAUCAAAAGAAACUCGGGAAGUUGUCUACAUGAAGAAAAUGGUGCGCGAUGGAACUCGCUGUUCCUACAGUAAUCAUUAUGACAUUUGCGUUCGAGGUGCUUGUGUGAAAGUGGGCUGUGAUAAAGUGCUGGGUUCCAAUAAACAGGAAGACAAGUGUGGAGUAUGUGGUGGAGAUAAUUCUCACUGCAAAGUCAUCAAGGGAACUUUCUCCAGAGCAGCCAAGAGAUCAGGUUAUCUGAAGAUGUUUGAAAUUCCAGCUGGAGCAAGUCACCUGUCUAUUCAGGAGCUAAGUGCAUCUCCUCAUUUCAUUGCAAUCAAGAACCAAGCCACAGGAUAUUUUAUAUUGAAUGGGGAGAAUGAUAUUCCUGAUUCAAAAACUUUCAUUGAAAUGGGAGUAAUUUGGGAGUAUUCCAAUGAUGAUGACAAGGAGUCUUUACAAACUGUUGGACCCCUCUGUGAUGGAAUAAUAGUGCUGGCAAAGCCUUUUGGUGAUACCAAACCAACUCUGACUUAUAAAUACACAAUUCAUGAGGACUACUUGGCCACUAUGACUAAUGAAGUUUUGCAAGAAGAUAUGGCUACAUUUGAAUGGGCUUUGAAGAGAUGGUCCCAGUGUUCCAAACCUUGUGGAGGAGGUUCUCAGUUUACGCGAUAUGGCUGUCGCAGGAAGGCUGACUCCAAGAUGGUUCACCGAAGUUUCUGUGAUGCAAGUAAAAAGCCAAAGCCGAUCCGCCGGAUGUGCAACCUGUACGAGUGCUCCCAGCCUGUGUGGAUUACAGGACAGUGGGAAGCAUGUACCAAAACCUGUGGCAAGUCUGGGUAUCAAAUCCGUACUGUGCGAUGCGUUCAACCGCUUCACGAUGGAACCAAUCGCUCGGUGCACAGCAAAUAUUGCAAUGGGGAUCGGCCUGAGACAAGAAAACCCUGUAAUCGAGAGCUUUGUCCUGCACAGUGGAGUAUAGGGGCUUGGUCACAGUGCUCGGUAACCUGUGGAAAUGGAAUGCAAGAGAGACUGGCCGUGUGUCGGACAAGGGACAACAUAGUCGCACAGUGUGAAGAAGAGAAGCCAGAUACCAUACGCAUCUGUAGGAUGCCAGCAUGUCACAAAAAUUCUUCUCAGCAAACGUCACUUACUUCCUCCAAAAGAAAGUCUGGAAUCCAAUGGCUGUCACGUCCAGAUCCACAAUAUCCUAUUCAAAAAGUUUCGACAAAAACAAAAUGUCAUGGGGACAAGUCAAUUUUCUGCCGUAUGGAUGCACUUUCCCGCUAUUGUUCUAAUCCUGGCUACAACAAGCUUUGUUGCAAGUCCUGCAAUUCACUGUCUCAACAGAUUACAAAUAAGGCCAAUAUUACUGAUUCCCUGAAGCGUGCUAUACCAACCACGUUACCCGAGACCACAAGAAUGCCGAGGGUUGUUACCUCUCACAAAUUAAAUACAACACGAGACAGUGCUGAGAAAAAUGCAGUUGGGCAGAUGCACAAGGGAAAAAGCGGUAACAGUAAAACUCCGCGACACAAAAUUAUAAUUCCAAGACGACCAAAUAUAGUCAGCAACCAUAGACUCCAGUUUCUGCUUGACCAGAGAAUAAAGCAAAUGCUGAACAAUUCCUCGGACAAAGAUGUUUUGCCUGUAAAGGACAACAGUUUACCUCAUGUGGAGAUUUGAGCAUGGAUCGUUUGGAAUGAAAAACAAAAGGAAAAUGUCAUAAAGUGGCUCAUCCACAAUAUGACCAGAAACUGAACUGGAAAUGAAUGGCAGACUGUAUUCAUCAUUACAGUUCUAAUGCAAACACUUCUAACUUUAGUAAUCUCUCUUGUAAAAUGGGCAUGGAGCAUAUGCCCCACAGCUUUGCCAGGCAGCAAACACAACACACCACAUACAGAACAAGUGCACAUCCCUGAACGCCCUCUCACCCUCCCAAUAACACAUACAAAAUCUUCAUUACUUUCUUUUAAAAACUACUGGCUGAGGAUUCUCACUGCCGACCUCGUCACUGUAGCUUGUUUUUGCAUUACAGUUUUGGGAAAUUGCGGUAAAUUUCCUGAAUAAUGGUGCUUUAGAUCUUUUUUUUAAAACCUAGGUUUUGUUUUACUGGCACAUAAGAUGGGUGGUCCUGUGUCUUUUUUUUGUACCUAGCAGGAGCAUCUCUGAUUCUGGUUCAAAUUGUGACUAUGAGAACGUAUGGGGGUGAUUGAUAAGUUCGUGGCCUAAGGUAGAAGGAGUCAAUUUUAGAAAACCUAGCACAUUUAUUUUUCAUCAUAGUCCCCUCCUACAUUUACACACUUAAUCCAGUGGCUGUGGAGCAUACAGAUCCCUUCUUUGUAGAAGUGGUCCUCAGCAGGGGUGAUUGAUAGGUUUGUGGCCCAAGGUAGAAGGAGAUGAGAUAUUAAUUUCAAACUUUCUGCAUUUUCACUCAAAGAGUUGAACUGCAUGUGCAUGUAACGAGAGCAUCUUGGACCUCCAGGUGGUCAUGAUUGAUAAGUUCAUGGCCUAAGGUAGAAGGAGAUGAGUUAUACGUGCACAUGCAGUUCAACUCUGACUGAAA